UGAAUUAUUUGCUUACAGACAUACAAGUGGCUGCAUUUAUUGUAUUGGAGUCAUACAAUAAUGUAGAGUAGGCAACAUAACAGUUCAAACAGCCUGGGAAUUCGCUGCACGUUACUGAAAUGGACAAGAAUGAGGAACUGGUCCAAACAAACUGCAGUAAGACACUGCUUAUCCGCCACUUACCGGCUGAACUCAGCCAGGAUGAAAAAAAGGACCUCUUAAAGUAUUUCGGAGCUGAGACGGUCAGGGUCUUCUCAAACACGGGUCGUUUGAAACAUGCAGCCUUUGCAUCCUUUAGAAGUGAAAAGUCGGCAGCAAAAGCUCUUAGCAGACUCCAUCAGUUAGAGAUUCUUGAUCAUACACUCGUUGUGGAGUUUGCCAAAGGAGAAGAUCAUGUCACAGUAUUAAAGGACCCACCAGUGUCAGACAGUGGUAAACGGGGCAGGGAAGAGCAGAAGAAACCGGAAACCAAGCAACCAAACAUUCCCCUUAUAGAGACCGGCAUUGCACCUAGCCUUGGGUUGAAUUUCCAGUUGAAUCCCACUUUGAAAUAUUUAUACCCCCCACCUUCUAAUAGCAUUCUGACAAAUAUAACACAUGUCCUCAUGAGUGUGCCCAAGUUUUAUGUUCAAGUACUACAUCUGAUGAACAAGAUGAAUUUACCAUGUCCGUUUGGCCCAGUCACUGCCAGACCCCCCAUGUUUGACGUGUUGCCUCCUGCGCCUCCCUUCCCCAUGCCUCCUCCUUUCCCUCCUGAUUAUCCCCCGCUACCAGAGGAGGAGAUGGAGCUGUCCAGUGGACAAGAGUCAGAGUAUGAGAGUGGGGAAGACGAAGACAAGGAGAGGAUUGUUCGUCUGAUGGGCCUGGUCAACCAAGCAUGCAAAAGACCCUUGAGACCAAAAACAGCUUCAAAGAGAAAGAAGCCCAAGAUCAAGGAUCUACUCUAUGCUCCCAAACCAGACUCUCAGAGUGCUCCAGUGCUGCAGCCCUCCGAUGUGUUUGAGCAGCCCCACCCCGCUGGGCAGAAGAAAAUUGAAUUCCACAUUUCGGUUCCAGAGGUGGCAGCCGUAGUGGAAGGAAGUGGGCCAAGUCAACCUGAUGAUGAAGGCAGAGAAGUGGCUGAGAGGGAGCUCAGCCCCAGCAGCAGUCAGGAGGUGGCAGAGGCCGAGGGUUUCGGGAAGCUUUACCCCAGCGCCCAGACGUCCCAACAGCAGGAGGAGCACAGCGACGAGGAGCAGGAUCUCCCCUCAGACGUCAUCUCCAGAAAGGAGCUGGAGAAAGGACGGCUGUCAAGAGAUGAGAUAAAAAGGAUGUCUGUGUUUAAAAAUUAUGAACCGGGUGAGCCAACCUGCAGACUGUACGUGAAGAAUAUUGCAAAGCAAGUGGAAGAGAAAGACCUGAAGUACAUCUAUGGGAGAUAUGUCAACCCUUUGUCAGAAGCCGAGAGAAACAUGUUUGACAUUGUGUUAAUGAAGGAGGGGCGGAUGAAAGGGCAGGCCUUCGUAGGACUCCCCAGUGAGCAGAGUGCAGAGAAAGCCCUGCGGGAAACCAACGGCUACGUUCUCUAUGACAAACCUCUCGUCGUCCAAUUUGCUAGAUCUGCCAGACCAAAAGAAGACAACACAGUUACCAAGAGAGGACCAAAACAACGAUGAGCUCAACAGAUGCCAAGACUUGAUAUUGUGGCCCAGCAGAACCAUUUGUAUCCUUAUUCUGGCAUAUAUCCUUUGGAGAAAAAAAAAAAA